GGAUCGCGAAAGGCAGAAGCGAAAGCGCCCGAUUAGCAAACGGACACCGAUCUUGCUUUUGCUCGCCUCUUUCUUAGCGCGGCAAGGAAGCGGCGGCAGCUCCUCGUCCGGCUCCUCCCUCUUCCUCGGAGGACGGAAACGGAUCCUUGGCGGUCCUGUGCCUCCUUCCUUGAGUCUCCCCGGCGCGCGCUCUGGCUGCAGGGGCGCGAUGGCCAAGAGCGCCCAGCAGCGCCUGAUGGACGCCCUGGAGAACUUGCACGACGGCGAGCUGCGCAAGUUCAAGGCGAAGCUGGCCGAGAUCCCGCUGGAGGAAGGCCACGAGCACAUCCCCCGAGGGCGGCUGGAGAAGGCGGACGCGGUGGAUCUGCCCAAUCUGCUGAUCGGCUACUACAGGCAGGAUUACGCCCUGCGCCUCACCGCGCAGGUCUUGGAAGAGAUCCACUGCAAGGACCAGGCGCAGAAGCUCCGCGGAGGCGAAGGCGGCGAGAAGGCCGCUUGCUGUAAUCCUCAGAUCCCUGUGCCUUCCACCAGUGCCACCUCCGGAAGAAAUGAGACACAGCCUCCAGCCCCACCGGAGCAGCAUUUCAUUGAGCGGCACCGGGAGGCCCUGAUCCAGAGGACGGCCACCGUGGAGGGGAUCCUGGACGUGCUGCAUGGCGAUGUCCUGGAUGAUGAGCAGUACCAAAAGAUCUACUCCAAAAGCACCAACCAGGAAAAAAUGCGGGAGCUCUACAGGUUGCUGCCCAGCUGGAACCAAGCUUGCAAGGAUAAGCUGUACAAAGCCCUGAAGAUGAGAAACAGGUUCCUCGUUGAAGACCUGGAAGGAUAAAGAGGCAGCCAAGGCGCAACCCCAUCCUGGGGCACAGGAAUUCCAUCUCGGCAUGUCAGGGAACUACCUUGAAGCCAUGUAAUCUCUUCUUCCAGACACUCGUUUUUGUAUGAGCAAGAAAAACAAGGAAAUAUACUCUGUGGAAGGGAAUGCAGGCAGCCACAGUGGGAAGAACCUGGAGGAGGCCGUCACAUUUGACUCAGGGACUCUGGAGUGAGAAGGAACAUGAAUCUGUCCUCUUUGAUAAAGGCCAAUUCUAUUUUCUCUUUGUGUUUAGCCCCCUCGAAGCUUGUAGGAAUCAUGAUUGGCCUCAGUCCAGUAUACCUGACGGAGCGUCUUCACCUCCAUCAUUCUGCCCAGACACUGAGGUCCAGUACCGAGGGCCUUCUGGCGGUUCCCUCUCUGCAAGAAGCCAAGUUACAGGGAACCAGGCAGAGGGCCUUCUCGGUAGUGGCACCCGCCCUGUGGAACGCCCUCCCACCAGAUGUCAAAAAGAAAAAUAACUACCAGACUUUUAGAGGACAUCUGAAGGCAGCCCUGUUUAGGGAAGCUUUUAAUCUUUAAGAAAUUAGUGUAUUUUAAUAUUUCUGUUGGAAGCCGCCCAGAGUGGCUGGGGAAACCCAGCCAGAUGGGCGGGGUAUAAAUAAUAAAUUAUUAUUAUUAUUGUUAUUAGUAGUAGUAGUAAUUUCUAUAUCAUGCUUCAAUUAUCUUAUUAUUACCUUAACUAACAAAUUUCUAUAUUAUACUUCAAUCAUCUAUUUUUCCAUAUUAAUUAUUUAACAACAAUUAGUAUUAUACCAUUAUAUCUGAAUCUUAAUAUUCUACUCUACCUCUACAAAUCUGCCUCUACAGACUCCCUAUACUUCUGAAUCUUAUCUUAAGUACUUCUAAUAUUGCAAUUAUUUCUUAAAUAAAUUUUAAAUUUCUUCCAAUCUGGUUGCAGGUUAUUCUUGCCUUUGCACGGUGUCCUGGUUGGAGCAUAGUGAGUGCUUGGGAAAAUACAUGGUAUGGCUUUGUCUGUAGGAGUCCCCUGGCAAUAGGGAGAUGGAUUUCUGGUGCCUUGAAAGAGUUCGAGUAAACAGGAAACAAAAGAGUAUUUUGUGGGGAAUUUUUUUUGUCUUUUAUUGUUGGCUACUGUUAUCAAUGGCCAGGUAUUUUUCAGAGCGGGAUUAAAGUUGUUUGAGCCUCAUUUAAUGGGCUCCAUUAAACCAGGCCUGGCAAACACCAAAACUGAUGGAAGAUGUGUUGGUUGCCGUUGUUGGUAAUGGAGGGUGGGGAGGAAGCGUAGAGCUAUAAGUCCUGUCCAUAAUGAUCCAAGUAAGUAUAAAGGGACAAAGUUCAACCUGUAUUUUUCAGCGCUGCAAAUCAGCAGUCUGGUUAUUUAUUUUAUUGCUGCUGCCACCUGGUGAACCUGUCAACUUCAAGAGU